AUGGAGGCUUCAAGCAUCACUCUCCGUCCGUUCAAACUUACAGACGCUGAUGAUCUAAUGUCGUGGGCCGGUGAUGAUCGCGUUACUCAGUUCAUCCGUUGGAAGACGCUGACAUCAAAAGAUGAAGCUUUGACCUUCAUCAAGGAUGUCUGCAUACCCCAUCCAUGGCGACGUUCAAUAUGCGUCGCUGACCGGUCGAUUGGAUUUAUAUCAGUUUUCCCAGGAUCGGGUGAUGAUAGAUGCAGAGCAGAUAUUGGGUUCGCUUUAUCGGUGGAGUAUUGGGGUCGAGGAAUCACCACUGCAGCAGUAAAAAUGGCUGUACCCCAAGUUUUCAAAGACCUUCCUGAAGUGGCAAGGCUCCAGGCUUUUGCUGAUGUAAAAAAUAUAGGCUCACAAAGGGCGCUGGAGAAAGCAGGGUUCUUCAAGGAGGGUGUCCUCAGAAAAUAUUCUUACCUGAAAGGAAAUCUGAAGGACUUGGUUGUUUACAGCGUAAUUUCCACUAGUUCUGAUCCUUCAGUAGCAUAA